UCCUGGGCCUUGUGGGCCGGGCAGCCAUUUUGGGAAGAGCUUUGUUAUGGUUGUGGGCUCUACACCUCUGCCGGAUCAGAAAGCUGGGGACGCGCCCCUCAAACGCCGCAUCUUGUCUGGAGCUGUAGCCCCGCCGCUGCCCGUUGGUGUCUUAUCUUGAAGAGUCCCUGCUAGGUAAAAACAAAGUAAUAGAUUCCAGUGGCCUUUUAAAUGAUUGGAUAAUGAUGGGAGUGGAUCCAAAAUAAUAAGUGACUUCUCUACGAAAGCAGAAGAGUCUUAUUACCUUCCAUUAACUCAUCUUAUCUUCGGGAAGGAGCAGAACAAGUGAAAUACAAAAAACUGAAGAGAAGAAAACCUCACUUUGGAACUUUCUCCUUGACUGUUUCUUAAGCCCUGUCUUUCUACUUGUUUUAAUUCUGCUGUGAAUUUAUAAAUUUUGAAGACCAAAGAAAUAGAAAAUACAUUUGGGAGCUUUAUACCAAGAAAUUUGGCUUGAAAGCUGCUAUUUGGAGGGAAAAGCGUAUCAAAUUCCUGUCUGUUUUUUUUUUAAGGUUUCUUAUGUGAUUAGAUUUUGAAGGAUAAGACAAAUAUAAAUACAUAUGUGCACAAUAUUUUUAGCAGCUGUGUAAAAAUAAUGAGAUUUGUAAAUUAAGGGCUUUGUAACGUGGAUGUUUUGCUACGGGAGUUGACUGCUCAGAAGAUCUUUUAUAGCUCUUCAGUGUUUUAUUUUUGAUCUAUCACUUUGAUGACAUUAUUUGCCCACACAGAUGUCCACCUGUCUUUCUGAGCUAUGACCUUGUUAUGAACAGUGUUUGCACUCACUGUGCAAAUGUCCACAUAUUAUCUAUUUAAGCAACGUCAUAGUGCCAUCACUCAAGGAAGUUGAAUGAGGUGAACAUUGAUAUAGCUCUUUCCCCUUCCCCCAUUUUUUAAAUGUAACAAAUACUUUUUAUAUUCCCCUCCCCCUUCCCCUUUCCCCUUCCCCCUUUUGGAAACGUGUCAGGAGCUAGAUAGUUUAAGAUGAGCAGUUAAAGGGAUUGAGAGAGUAAUCCACACAGAGCCUGGCUUCUUUGUGCUUCAUCAAAAGGCGUGCUGCUGGCCAGCCUAAUCAAGUACCCUUUUAACAAGAAAACCUCGUGGGAAAUCCAGCUGGCAGACUCAAGGAGUUCAGGAAACAGGACCACAGAGGUUACACUCUGGGAUCCUGGCCAUGAGGUUGGAUGCCUCACCUUGUUGAAAAGAGACACUGGACCUAAAUGGCGCAGCAUGACUUUGUUCCUGCUUGGCUAAAUUUCUCAACACCACAGUCAGCUAAGUCACCUACAGCCACCUUUGAAAAACACGAACACCUACCCCGAGGAGAUGGUAGAUUUGGAGUAAGCCGUCGUCGACAUAAUUCCUCUGAUGGCUUUUUUAACAAUGGACCUCUACGAACGACAGGAGAUUCCUGGCACCAGCCCUCCCUGUUCCGCCAUGACUCUGUGGACUCCAGUGUCUCUAAGGGAGCAUAUGCUGGAAUCACAGGGAACCUGUCUGGUUGGCACGGCUCUUCCCGAGGUCAUGAUGGCAUGAGCCAGCGUAGUGGGGGUGGCACAGGGAACCAUCGCCACUGGAAUGGCAGCUUCCACUCCCGGAAAGGCUGUACCUUUCAGGAAAAGCCACCUACAGAGAUUAGGGAAGAAAAGAAAGAAGACAAGGUGGAAAAGUUACAGUUUGAAGAAGAAGACUUUCCUUCUUUGAAUCCAGAAGCUGGCAAACAGAAUCAGCCAUGCAGACCUAUUGGAACCCCUUCUGGAGUGUGGGAAAACCCACCGAGUGCCAAGCAGCCCUCCAAAAUGCUAGUCAUCAAAAAAGUUUCCAAAGAAGAUCCUGCUGCUGCUUUCUCUGCUGCAUUCACCUCACCAGGAUCUCACCAUGCAAAUGGAAACAAAUCGUCAGCCAUGGUUCCAAGUGUCUAUAAGAACCUGGUUCCUAAGCCUGUACCACCUCCUUCUAAGCCCAGUGCCUGGAAAGCUAACAGAAUGGAACACAAAUCGGGAUCCCUUUCCUCUAGCCGGGAGUCUGCUUUUACCAGUCCAAUCUCUGUUAUCAAACCGGUAGUACUGGCUGGUGGCACAGUUUUAAGUUCUCCCAAAGAGAGUCCCUCCAGCACCACUCCUCCAAUUGAGAUCAGCUCUUCUCGUCUGACCAAGUUGACCCGCAGAACUACCGACAGGAAGAGCGAGUUCCUGAAGACUCUGAAGGAUGACCGGAAUGGAGACCUCUCAGAGAGCAGAGACUGUGAGAAGCUGGAGGAUUUGGAGGACAAUAGCACACCUGAACCAAAGGAGAAUGAAGAGGAGGGUUGUCAUCAAAAUGGUCUUGCUAUCCCAGUAGAAGAGGAAGGGGAGGUCCUCUCUCACUCUCUGGAAGCAGAGCACAGGUUAUUGAAAGCAAUGGGAUGGCAGGAGUAUCCUGAAAAUGACGAGAAUUGCCUUCCCCUCACAGAGGAUGAGCUCAAAGAGUUCCAUAUGAAGACAGAGCAGCUGAGAAGAAAUGGCUUUGGGAAGAAUGGCUUCUUGCAGAGCCGAAGUUCCAGCCUGUUCUCCCCUUGGAGAAGCACUUGUAAAUUAGAGUUUGAGGACUUGGACACGGAAACCAGUAGCAGUGAAACAUCUGAUGACGAUGCCUGGAAGUAGGCAUAUAAAUGCUUACAGUUAAAUCUGACCCAGUAAACUCAGCUUGUGUGUCUAGGGAUUAUACAGAAGCAAUCGUUCUAUUCCUUUUCCUUUUCUUAUGUUGUUGUUAAAUACUUUGUGCACAAGGCAAAUAAUCAUAUCCCAAAGAGAGAGCGAUUGGCUUGUUUAGCUUUUGUUGUUGUUCUUCCCUGUUAGCUGCUUAGUAGAGAGACCUUUGUGUGGUGGGAAAGAUUUUUAACACACACACAUACACACAGUAUAUACGGGGCGAUGCACAGGUGGGAGCUGGCAGUGCAGAGGGGAGGAGACACUGGUCUGCAGCAACAGCUUCUACUACCAGCCCUUGGGGCACUCACCCCUGUGCUCAAGCAAUCAUUGUCAAUGACAAAGUGACUAUUGAAAUUAUAAUUGUAUUAAAUUAAUGCUAAUAAUUUGGAUAUUUUAUUUUAUUUUUGGCUGCUCGGGUAACGUUAGCCCUUAACCAAGUAUAUGUGGUUUUUUGGUUUUUUUGUUUUUUUCUUUCUUUCUUUUUUUCCUUUCUGGGUACAGCUGUAAAAUAUUUGGAUAUAGGAAAUGUUGUGUUAUUCUUGCAGCCUUGAUAUUCAGGGUGGAUUGUAAAAUAUAAAUUUUUGUGAGAUUUCAAAGAUUAAGAUUAUUUUGAUAACAUUAUUUACAGAUUUAAAAGAUGUGGUUAUCACAGGUCUGUUGAGGGAGAAAACUACUGCAUAAAAUAACUAACUUGGAAUAAAUAUUUUGCAUCAAUUUGGAUUGUCUUGUGUAAGAAGUAUAUUUUCUUUAAAAUUAGAUGAAUGGAUUGUUUUUUAGGGGAAUUAUUACUUUUUGAGGGCUGAGGGUAAUCUAAAUUCAGAUGCGCCUGUUUCUCCUUUUAGCAGAUACUUUUUUGAUGCAGAAAAAGCUGUGCAAUAAACUACCAGUAAUAAAGUCACAAACCCAA